GGACAGGACUAAAGGUACCCGGGCGUCGUUCGAUAUUCGACCACAAUCUACUGGAAGAGAGUCAAGACAACCUAGAGAACCACAACAUGAACAACCGCCCUACAUUCUUGGCAAUAACCCCAAGUUUGAUGAUACGGAAUACGACAUUUCUUAUACUGACAACAUUACUGUUUUUGGGCUGAGUUUCAGCUUUGAGUUUCACGACUUGGAAUAUUUAGAGAUUGCCAUAUUUGUUAUAGCAAUUUAUAAUGUGAUAGAUAGGUUGCAUUCUAGCCUCAUUUGA